CGAAAAUUGGUCGUUUGUUGUAUUAAUUCUAUUCAUUCUUUGAAAAUAAUUGAUAUGUAGGUUGAGGUCGUAAUAAUACAGUAUUAAAUUUUCAGCGUACUAUAGACUAAUGGUAUCAGUAAUUUAGUUAUAAUGUCCACCCCGCCGCCCCAGCAGCCCCAGGCACGGCGCUCCGCUGGAGACAGUAAGAAGAACACCCCACCGGUAUCGAACAUAGUCACUAGAAAUGGUGCCCGCAAAGCGAAAAUUCAAACACGAGCGAUGUCGUCGGGAGCUAAACCUUCCGCGUCAGUCGCGUCGAUGAAGCGGAGAGCGCAACAGAAGAAGAAACACUGUGUCGACACUGUGCUCCGGGAUCAUUAUCAAAUUGCAAUGGAUUCGAAAACCAAAGUGAAGGGGCCAACUGGGUUUGUGACGGAGCCCCGAAUGGCGGAGCACCGUUGUCUCUGGGACGACAACUACCCGGAAUGCCCUGAGAGACUCACUAGCGUCAUCAAUAGGUGCGAAGAACUGAACCUGAUUGAGCAGUGCAAACAGUAUGAGCCCCGGGCAGCCACCAAAGAAGAACUGACCACUAUGCACUCCCCGUCGGUGUUCGAGCUACUUGAGACCACUCACCAGAACCAGGACCUGGAGUAUCUGGAGGAGGUGUCUUCGAGAUAUGACGCUGUGUAUAUACACCCGAGCACUCACGAGCUAGCCCUCCUAUCAGCCGGCUCAACCAUCGACAUGGUGGACCGGAUAAUAUCCGGUGAUAUCCAGAACGGUGCGGCGUUCGUCCGGCCGCCCGGACACCACGCCAUGCGCGCCGAACCUUGUGGAUACUGCUUCUAUAAUAACGUGGCGCUGGCUGCUAAACACGCUAUAGACAAAGGAUUAAAUAGGAUAUUAAUCGUCGAUUGGGACGUACAUCACGGACAGGCCACGCAACAAAUGUUCUACGACGAUCCCAGAGUAGUAUACUUCUCCAUUCACCGCUACGAGCAUGGAGCCUUCUGGCCGAACCUGCGACAGUCCAACUUCCACUAUACAGGCUGUGGUCGCGGCACUGGGUACACCUUUAAUGUGCCCCUUAACAAGACUGGCAUGGCCGACGCGGACUAUAUCGCUAUAUGGACGCAGCUACUGUUACCAAUGGCUCUGGAGUACCAACCCGAGCUGAUCAUAAUAUCGGCCGGUUACGACGCUGCGGUCGGCUGCCCCGAGUUCUCGCCACAGCUGGUGGUCGUGUCGGCGGGGUAUGACGCCGCGCUGGGCGACGAAAAGGGCGAAAUGGAAGUGACACCAGCGUGCUACGCUCACCUCCUCAACAUGCUCAUGUCUGUCUGUCCGUCUGUCUGUGUGGUGCUAGAAGGGGGGUACUGCCUACCCUCAUUGGCAGAGGGCGCUGCGCUCACUCUGCGGACAUUGUUGGGUCAUUCACCCCCAGCGUUGGAGAAGACUGGAGAACCCUGUGAUGAAAUACGGGACACCAUACUAAACUGCAUAUACGCACACAAGCAACACUGGCGUUGCUACAACUACCAACACACAUACAGCACAGACGGAAUCCCAAACGUGUGUGAUAGAGCGAAACAGAAACAUACCGUCUGUGUUAAGUGGGAGGGAGACGAAACGAGGCCGGAGAGGUUUUUAACUAGGGACUGCUAUCCGGUACAAGAUAAUGAGACGAAGAGGAAGAUUAUGGAGCGAUUGAACCAUUUGAGACUAGUCACUGACCUAACGAUACCAACACACGCUGUAUACUACAUUUUCGAUCAAGCAAUGUUAAAGCACAGAAAUAUCUGCGAACCUGGCCACGUGGAAUGCCCGGAGCGGAUACAAAGGAUACACGAAAGACAUAGAGACUUCGGUCUGCUAGACCGAGUACAUCAACUGACGGCAAGAACGGCUACUGAUGAAGAAAUACUGUCUGUGCAUACUGUCAAACAUCUCAACAGGCUAAAAGAGUUGGCGUCCACCAAGUUACGGGAUUUGAACAGUCAAAAAGAACAGUUCGACUCUGUUUACUUUCAUCCGGACUCGCUAGAGAGCGCUGCCGUCGCUACCGGCUGCGUUUUACAGAUGGUAGACACAGUUCUAUCCUGUGGCGGUUCGGGCGUUUGCGUCGUGCGUCCUCCCGGCCACCACGCCGACGACGACAUCUUGUUGGACAUCCCCAGUGGCUUCUGUCUGUUGAGCAACAUCCUAUACAUGUCCAUCCACCGGUACGAUCACGGCUCGUUCUUCCCGCAUUCCAAAGACGCCGACCACACCGCGGUGGGAGAGGGGAAAGGGGAGGGGUUCAACGUCAACGUGCCCUGGAACAAGCGCGGCAUGGGCGACGUGGAAUACAUGGCGGCGUUCACUCAGGUCAUCCUCCCGAUAGCGUACGAGUACAACCCCUCGCUCGUGCUCGUGUCGGCCGGCUUCGACGCCUGCGUCGGCGACCCGCUCGGAGGUUGCAAAGUGUCCCCCGAGUGCUACGGGCGCAUGACGCAGCUGCUGCGCGGGCUGGCCGGCGGCCGCGUGCUGCUCUGCCUCGAGGGCGGCUACAACGUCACCAGCAUCGCGCACGCCACGGCGCAGUGCACCAAGGCCCUCCUCGGCGACCCGCUCGCCCACCACUACGACAACUCGCCCACCAACCCCUCAGCCAUCGAAUCUAUCAAUGACGUCAUCACCACACAUAACAAGUACUGGAAAACCCUCAAGUUCCAACUCGCCCUCCCAGCCGAAAACGUUCUCGAAGACCCUCUACCGAGCCGCGGUCUUACCAUAACCGACGGCGACAAGUCCGAAAUGAGCUUCGAUUCUACCAAAACUCAAGACGACACUAUAGAAGCCCUCGCUUCACUGACUCUCAAAUCCGAUACCUCAUUAAAAUCGCCAGACAAAUGCUCCGAUGGCAUCCAUUGUGGCACCGACGAUGAGGACCCGGAGCAUUCGAAGAAAACAUCUAAAACUAGUAAGACUAGUAUUCCCGAACCUCAAGCGGGCUCUUCUAGAAGCGAACCGAAGCAAACUUUAGUAGACUACUUAGCGGAGAACAUGCAAGCUAUAGUGGAUGGUGAAAUGUUCGCAGUGAUACCUUUACCUUGGUGCCCUCAUAUAGACGGGCUGAGUGAGUUACCGGCUGAUGUGAAGUUCGAACAGGGACUCAAGUGCAGUGAGUGUGAAGAAACCAGUGAGGUGUGGGUGUGCCUGCAUUGUUACAUAAGAGCGUGCGGCCGCAGCGUCAACGCGCACAUGGAGUCUCACUACUCGUCGUCUUCGCACCCGCUAGUGCUGUCCCUCUCCGACCUAUCCGUCUGGUGCUACGAGUGCGACGCGUACGUCGACAAUCCCCGUCUCUUUCCCGCCAAGGACAACGCGCACUUCCACAAGUUCAACGAACACAUGCCUUAUUGUUAUAGAAGCGAUACGCUGCAUAUGGAGUGAUUGGAUUUUAAAAGCUUUCUUAAUGUUAUUCGCACGUGUAUCGUACGAUUUACAGUACAGUUUUGUCAUACGCAAGUAUACUCUUUCCCGAACUAGUGCGGGAUAGUACACUACGAUACAAGUGCGAAAUGAGUAAAUUUGAAUCGAGUGACGAUAUAUUAAAACACUACCGAAGGCAGUUGCGAAUUACCUAUUCGUACGUGUAGCGUAAUAUACGAUUACAGUACAUAUGUAUAGAGCAUUAAUUCGGGAAAGAACACAUUCCGUGCGUACAGUAGAUACGCUGUUUAAAGUUUCGACAUAUGCAAAUACUCUUUCCACUUUUAAAUUUAUUCUAAGCCUAGCGGCAUCGAUAGCAGACGUUUCUGCUUGUUGAAUAUUAA